AUGCACCCUGCUGCUGCUGUGCCAGGAGGAGAGGGCAACGGGAGCCCCAGGGCAGGUCUCACCCCAGCCGUGUCUCCUCAGGCUUGGACUCGGGAAGCAGCAGGGGAUGGCAGUCCCAACAAAGCACCGGUGUCUUUCCACCACCCAGUCAGGCUCCUCUGGCCCAAGUCCAAGUCCUUUGACUAUCUGUAUGACGUGGGGGAGAAGCUGCUGCAGAACUUCCCGGUGCAGGCCACCCUCUGCCUCUACGAGGACUCAGGCAGCGAGGAAGAGGAGGACGAUGAAGAUGAGGAGGAAGAAGACGAGGAGGAAGAAGAUGAGGACAUGGCG